CUUUAUGUUAAUACAUGAUGUGAAAGCAAGAUGUCGCUCUACGAUGAUAUAGAUGGCGUUCCGUUGAAGGAGAACAAUUCAUCUUCAGCAGCGGGUUGGUCGAACAGCUUUAGUUUUAUGCAACAGCAGUUGAAAAGGCAGAAGGUUGUGCAAGGAAGACCACAGUUCAACAAAUCAAAUCGUUCAACAGGAUUGGCUAAAUCUGGCAUUACAAAGGAAAAUUCAAUAUCAAAUGAUGAGAAUAAGCAACCUGAGAGUACAACAGAGCCAUUUGUUCAAACAGAGGCUUCAAUGGCAGUGAUUUUGGAUGAAUAUGAUCCUAUGAAACCCAACGAUUAUGAAGAAUGCAAACAAAAACAACGAGAGAAAGAAAAACAAGAAAGAGAACUUGAACGAAGUCAAAAAGAUCACGAUGACAGGUAUAGAGAUAGAAGUCGUGACCGAGAUCGUGAUGAUUAUAGAAGUCGAGGCAGACGUCGAAGAUAUGGUGACGAAGAUGAAGAACCAAGAUCCCUUGCUGCAUCUUCUUCAAGAAAAAGUGGAGCGGCCAUUGCACCUCCAGCUGCAUUGACAGCAUCUACCAAUCCUGAUGAUGACAAUAAACCAUUCUCUGGAAUUCCAGGUUUAUUUGGUAAGCCAGCAAAACCAGAUGUCGGUUUUGACAGUCCUGUUGCAUCUAAUAUCAUGGCAAAAUAUGGGUGGAAAGAUGGACAAGGACUAGGUAAACAAGAGCAAGGCAUUAACCAGUGUUUACAAGUUGAGAAGACCAGCAAAAGAGGCGGGAAGAUUAUCAACCAGGAGAAAGAGUUACCCCAAGCACAAGAAAAUGAGUCUAUUAUUGGUAAAAUGAAGAAUCCAAGCAAAGUUAUUUUGCUUCGUAACAUGGUUGGACCUGGUGAAGUGGAUGAUGAGUUGGAACCUGAGACAGCUGAAGAAUGCAGCAAAUAUGGCGAGGUUCAAAAAGUUAUCAUUUACGAAAUCCCCCAAGGUGUCGCGGAAGACGAGGCUGUAAGGAUAUUUGUCGAAUUCAAAAAAAUGGACUCCGCAAUAAAAGCGAUCAUUGACCUCAAUGGUCGAUUUUUUGGUGGUAGGACAGUCAAAGCAGGAUUUUAUAACUUGGAUAAGUUUCGACGGUUGGAUCUAACGGACGAUUUAGAACUUCUGUAGCCGUAUGUACAUGAAUGUAUGAUGUAAUUUUAUUGGGAAGGGAGAAGGUCGGGGGGGGGGAGGUAGAGCUUAAACGGCAGAUAUUGGUUGCAAAGUCGAUAAUGGACAAUUUCGUCGUUCGCCAUGAUAUUCCAGUUUAAACGAAGGUUUCAUUUUCGACAUAGUCACAACACAUACGCGCGUGUUCUGAUUUGCAAUCAUUCGUUGCUAUUUGUUUUGAACUACAUAACGCUGUGUGCGUUGUGGAACACAAAACAAUAAUCUAGCGCAUGGCAUGUGUGUUCCAGCAAGUGCCUUCAAAAGAAAUCUUUCACUUGUCGAUUAAUAGCGAUGGUGCCUCGUUUAGGCUCAAAAUGAAAGGAUACUGUUGUAUUUGCGUUGUCAUUUUUAGAGAAUCAAAAAUUCUGUUCAUUUUGUAAGCCUAACAUGAUACUGCCAUGCAUUGUUUACCAAGAAUUCAAUCUCAUACUAUGCCAAACAAUUAAAUAUAAUUAGUAAACGCGCUAAAUACAACUCUACAAUGAACAGUUUA